UUAUGUGCAGCCCAGCCUUUCAACUCCGCCGCCUUUUGGCUUCCAUUCACGAGCUUUUUCUACUCAUUUCCUAAGCCAGGUGCUUCGCAAAAGACGACAAACCUCCGAGAGGGAAGAGAAAACACACACACGUACGCAUACACACACGCACAUACACACACACACACACGCAGACAGACACACACAAACACCCAGAGUUCACUCGUCGACCACGGGACUUUUUUGCCUCACCUCGGCGGAUUUUUGGCAGCUGCACACUGGGUGUUGAAGAGGAAAGAAACAUUUAUAACCAUUUGCUGAAACUCGUAAGAGUUGCGCGGUUGGAUUUUUUCACCGAUGCCUUUUUCACAGUUCUUCUCCGACUCUCCAGAAGUGGCAUGAUCGGCGUCCGUCAGCAAGACAGGUGAAUUAUUUCCUCCACUCGGUUUUGGUGGCAUAAACAUUUUGACGUUAUUUUACUUGGACUGAACGGUGUGCGUGUCGCUUAACAAAGCCAUGUCCAAGCCGGCCGAUCACAUCAAGAGACCCAUGAACGCCUUCAUGGUAUGGUCCCGCGGCCAGAGGAGGAAAAUGGCCCAAGAGAAUCCCAAGAUGCACAACUCUGAGAUCAGCAAGAGGCUCGGUGCCGAGUGGAAGCUUCUCUCCGAGGCUGAGAAGCGGCCCUACAUUGACGAGGCCAAGCGGCUGCGCGCGCAGCACAUGAAAGAGCACCCGGACUACAAGUACCGGCCGCGGCGCAAGCCCAAGAACCUGCUCAAGAAGGACCGAUAUGUGUUCCCGCUGCCCUACUUGGGCGACGCUGAACACUUGAAAGCACUUCCGGUUUCCGGUGCCGACUCGUUGUUGGCUUCCGGGCCGGAAAAAGCUCGCGCGUUCUUGCCGCCGGCGGCCUCUGCACCCUACUCGUUCCUUGACCCAAGUCAGUUCGGCUCCAGCGCUGCGCAGAAGAUGGCCGAUAUGCCACACGCUCUUGCCGCCGCCGCCGCUGGCUCGCUGCCCUACGCCUCCUCACUCGGCUACCAGAACGGCGCGUUUGGCGGCCUGGCGUGUCCGGGGCAGCACACACACACCCACCCGUCACCCACCAACCCGGGCUAUGUAGUGCCCUGCAACUGCACAGCGUGGUCAGCGGCGUCCAGCCUGCAGCCCCCCGUCGCCUACAUCCUGUUUCCGGGCAUGGGUAAGAGCGGCAUCGACCCGUACCCCACAGCGCACGCCACGGCCAUGUAAAAUAACACCUAAAGUCGAGCAGAGGGACAGUUUUUACUUUGGAAACUUGAACCACGUAAAACACAUACUCUCACACACGAAGUUACAAGAGCAAACAGACAGUCGGGCUCUCCGAAAACUUCUACCAUGUUCAAACAAAAGACGUUUCUGCCUGGAAACUUUAACGAUGUAAAAUAAAUCAGUUAAUAAAUUAAUUAAUAGCCACGCAGUUAGAGGGUGUUCAGCGCACAAGAAAACUCCACGGAACCUUCAGUGAGGUUACCCUCCGAAAACAGAGGGAAAAGACAACUUUUUUUUUUUUUUUGGAAACUUGAAUAAUGUUAAAGAAAAAAAAACAACAGGUCAUAUAAACAGUUGUAAAGCAGCCAAAAGCCGCUGCUGCUCUUUGAAAACUUGAAGCGCGUGAAGUGACCCAGGUGUCCCUGUCUGCAAGCCUGACCUCUGCUGCAUCAUGCCACCAGGCACAAGUGCAAAGCUCACUGUGUAGAGGCCGUGAGGACUUUCAGAACUGGAGAAAAACUUUCAGUGUUUUCAUCAUGCCCGUUUUUUCCCUCUGGACCUCUGCAUGGGAACUUGGGAGUAGAUGUGAGAGAUCAAGGAGCCCUGAACUGUAAGAAAUGUAAAUGUUAUAACAUUUAUUAACGGCUAUCCGAUUAAGGAUGCCUUUAACUUUAUUUAUUAUGUACAUUUUUGAUGCUAUACUAAUAAUAAUUUUGUUUCAUGAUAUUAUUAUUAUUGUUAUCUUAUUUUAAAGGCCCAUUUGGUUUGCACAAGUGACACUCACCCUUCAUAUCUCUUGUAUAUUGUACUUAUAUUUUAGCACUCAGAUAAACUGGCUUGGAUCACGCUUAGAACUUUUUGAGUUGGAUGAACAUACGGGUUAUAUUGUUUAUAGGCUAUUUAUCAAACCGGUGCAUAAAAUUAGACAACUAUUUAAAACAUCAAGUGGAAAAAAAAAAUAUCUUUUUAACAUUUUUCUUUUCUUUUUUUUUUUUUUUUCAAAUUGUGGUUCAGCGCUAGUCACGUUCAAUUCAUCUGAGGAAGAAGGAGCUGGAGUUUGAAGCGAAGCAGUUAAUGUUGUGGUUUUAUUAUGAUGAUUAUUAUUAUUUUUCAACUGCGAUGGUAAUUUAAAAGCUGUACUAAUGUUAUGGAAAGGAAGAUGUAUCCAAAUGGGUGAUACCUCGAUUCUUUGUUCAUUUGCCUGAGCAAAGACAUUUUGAAUAAAGACAAUCUGUCUUCAAAAUUAUA